AUGGCUGACAUAAAUAGCACGGCCAUACGCGAGUAUGGAUUUAGUUGCCCUUCUGGCGGGCAUGUGCAUAUCUGUGAAAGAGCAAAAGUAGAGUUCAUCGGGUGCUGUGCAAGUGACCCCUGUGCCGGUGAUGAAGGCAUCUGCCCCGACGAUCACCUAAGACCGAUGAGUUACUUGACUACAAGACAGUUCGGAUACCUUCCUCUAAAAUGCGUGGACACAAGCAAAAAAGCUAAAUUUCAAACCUGCUGGGGUAUAUAUCCUGGGCUCACGUUUGUUGGAUGUUGCGAAACCACACUUUACGGCGGCGACACUGGGACUUACUCAUGCAACUGUGCGCAACAAAGCCUAGCACCCAUGAUGCUUGAUGAAGGAUCACGAAAAAUCAUUUUCAAUUUGGAAACUGAGACAUCUCAAGACUCGGGAAAUAUAGGUUUGAAACUGGACAACUGGGAACAGACUCCGAGCACCAGUGCGAUGCUCAGUUGGGGAAACCUGAGAAACGCUGAUGUUGGUGGGUUGGCCAUCGGCGCCGUUCUAUUCCUGAUUCUUCUUCCUGCAGUAUUCUUAAAGGUCAUGUGGAAGGCGCGAAAAUUAAACCUUCAGGAGGUGACUCCCGACACAACAGAAUGUUUCUUUAGCGCCCCUGAUUGUACAUCUGUUCAUGGGAUUAAGGUAGAUCAAGACCCGGAGUCUUGUCAAGUUAUUGCGAUUCCUACCGAAGAAACAGCAGUUAACCCUGCCUCCGAUACCUGGCCCAGUAGCCCGCAAAAGCUACAUCCGAGAACUUGUAUUUGGUACCUUGAAUGGGCAUGGGAAAUUCUUCUUACUCUCUUACCCAUUUUCUUCAUUGUUCUUUGUAUUUUAGCAUUGCUCCUUGAUGGUCGACCAUUGUCAAAUCAUGGGCAGGCAGUGCUAGAUAUAGCUCGUCUCAUACCCACGGCUUAUCCUAUAGUAUUUGCUGCCAUUGCCAGUCGAUUCUACAAGGGCCUGGCUCGCUGGUAUAUAGAGCGGCCUAAUGGUGUCAAUCUUGCUGUUCUUGAGCAGGUGCUGGGCAGCCAAAGCUUUGCAGGGGCCCUUGAGCGACUUCUAUUUGUACGCACUCAAGUGCAGAUCGGUGCAAUCAUCCUAAUCAUAUGGGCGAUGUCACCUCUGGGGGGGCAAGCCGGCUUGAGAAUGGUCUCUUCCAGUAAAGGCUCCUCGAAGAUCGCCGGGAGUAUUUGGUAUCUCCAGCCGGGCGCCCAUCAAUCCUCGUUCGGGCUUUUGGAAAUAGAGGGCGCCACACGAGGUCACAUAUUUGCAUUGUACUCUUCCGGUCUCCUAUCUUCGUCAAAGCAAAGGCGGUCUCCCAGCGAUCUCUGGGACUUGCCAAAGGUUCCACAGUGGACUGCGGCAAGUAAUGAGUCUUCCUUUCGCGAAAUAGAUACUGAUGCCCUGGUCAAUGGCGAAGCAGACUAUGUUUCUCUGCUAGGAACAAAAGUACAGGGCUUAGAAGUGACCGCCUCAAAUGUUUUCUACAAUUUUUUGAUAACUACGCCAUAUAUAGACCUCAACUGCUCUGCCUAUACCGGCAUGUCUUUCGAGGCCAACCCUUACCAGUCUAUCCUACAUUCUUUGGGAAUGUCGGCAAAUUUGAACGGAUCUUCCUUCCGGGCAAAUCUGGGAGAUCGCGAUCAGCCCUAUCUUCUCUUUGCGAGUUUGGAUUACUCGAAUGCGUAUUUCGCGCUCUUUACCUGUUUUAUGCAACUUGUUACUGUUGAAACUGAAAUGCAAUGUGCCCCUAGCAAUUCAUCGGCAAACUGCUCAGCAAAGCGCCAGCGACUUCUAAAAAGUUCAGAGAAGGUGGAGAACCUUUACGGUCCCUCUGAUGAAAUGAGGAAGGCCCUCAAGUUAUGGCAGUACGCCGACGGUUCUUCGGCAGUCUACUCAGCAUCGCCAACAGAUAGUUAUCUCGCCGGACAUGUAUCGCCCUACGCCGGGCACAAUCUCAUCAAAUGGUCCGAAGUCGACGUGGGUAACUAUUCUAGGCGUCUGACUACUCUUUUUAACACCUACAUGAGUGCCUCUAUAAAUCCAAUGGGCCAUACCGAUGUUUCGUUUUCAAAAAGUGGAAAGAACGAUCCGUCGCCUUCUGGAGCAAUAUUAAAGACAACUGCGGCGAAUGCAACGAUUGUUUUCGACGUUUACGAAACCAAUAGAACCUGGGUGGGUGUAGCUCUCACAGCUACACUACUGCUUCAGUUGCUCGCAGUACUCGGGCUCAUGCUGCGAUUUCUGGUCAAGGGGCCAGACAUAUUAGGAUUUGCGAGCUCAAUGACAAGGGACAAUCCGUAUGUAAACCUGCCUGAGGGUGGAUCGGGUUUGGACGGUCCAGACAGAGCAAGAUUGCUAAGAGGGACUCGGAUACAGCUUGCAGAUGUGCGCCCGGAGCAAGAAAUCGGCUACAUCACGCUGCGAGCAGUUGAACCCAAAUACUCCACUGAUGGUGUCAAAGGCUACAAGGUUAUGGAUAAUUGGCGACCAUUUACCCGUGGAAGGUUGUAUACAUAA